AUGGAAGUCAGUCUGUUCUGGAUUUUUUUUUGUCUGGCACGAGCGGUACUGUGUUUUGAAUCUUAUCAGAGCAAUAUACCAAAUGGAAAUAAUGUACCCCAUCCGUGCAAACCGGGAAGUAUGUGGCCAGGAGUUGGGCACAAAUUAGCUGUCGGUGGUAAAAACAGAAACUAUUUUGGUAAAGACUUUGAAUCCACUGGAAAAAUGUGGACACAGACAUUGUGUCGUAAAGACUCAGAUGGUGAUGGGAAAACCAAUGGCGAAGAACUUGGUGAUCCUAAUUGUAUUUGGUCUCAAGGACAACUUCCAGAAAUAAGCAAAAAUAUCACACAUCCAGGAGUAUGUGAACCAUGGAACCAUCCAAGGUGCCAACAGCAGUGGAAAUGGUUGGAAUCAGAAUGUAAUAAAAAGGAAUUUGUGUGUGACGCAAUCAGUGAAACAGGCGUACAGAAUAUGACAGUUCAGUUUCCAGAAAGUAAAAUACCACCAAGGGAGACUACCUAUAUCUGUGUAAUAUUUGAUUUACCACAAGACAAUGAUUAUCAUUUGAUAGCAACAAAACCUUUAAUUGACAACACCAAUAUUGUACAUCAUGCUGUACUGUUUGGUUGUGAAGAUGAUGUGGAACUCGAACCCAUUCCAACAGUUUGUGAUAUGGUACCAAACCCUAGAUGUAGAGAAAUACUGAGUACUUGGACUGUUGGUUUCAGUGGAGAUUGUGUACAUAAUCAUACUGGUUUUAGAAUUGGAAUCAAUGGUUAUAAACGUGCUGCUCUUCAGUUCCAUUGGAACAAUCCUGCACUACACUCAACUUAUACAGACAAUUCUGGUUUGAUAUUGUAUUUUACUGAUGAUUUGAGAACGCAUGAUGCUGGAAUACUGACAGUGGGAGCUAAUUACCUGAAUAUACCCCCUGGAGUAGAACGUACAACCUACGUUAGUUAUUGUCCAGCACAAUGUACAGAUAUGUUUAUCAACGAUAAGGUGUACAUAGCUUCAGCUAACAAUCAUAUGCAUUACCUAGGUGUAUCACAGAGAAUAGAACAAUACAGAAAUGGUAGUAGAUUACAAGAUAUAACAAGUGAAACUAUGUAUAAUUAUGACAAUCCUAAAACAUUCAGAUAUGAUAAACCAAUAGAACUAUUCCCUGGUGAUACUAUUAAAACAACAUAUGUGGAACUCGAACCUAUUCAAACAGUUUGUGAUAUGGUACCAAACCCUAGAUGUAGAGAAAUGCUGAGUACUUGGACUGUUGGUUUCAAUGGAGAUUGUGUACAUAAUCAUACUGGUUUUAGAAUUGGAAUCAAUGGUUAUAAACGUGCUGCUCUUCAGUUCCAUUGGAACAAUCCUGCACUACACUCAACUUAUACAGACAAUUCUGGUUUGAUAUUGUAUUUUACUGAUGAUUUGAGAACGCAUGAUGCUGGAAUACUGACAGUGGGAGCUAAUUACCUGAAUAUACCCCCUGGAGUAGAACGUACAACCUACGUUAGUUAUUGUCCAGCACAAUGUACAGAUAUGUUUAUCAACGAUAAGGUGUACAUAGCUUCAGCUAACAAUCAUAUGCAUUACCUAGGUGUAUCACAGAGAAUAGAACAAUACAGAAAUGGUAGUAGAUUACAAGAUAUAACAAGUGAAACUAUGUAUAAUUAUGACAAUCCUAAAACAUUCAGAUAUGAUAAACCAAUAGAACUAUUCCCUGGUGAUACUAUUAAAACAACAUGUACCUACAAUUCAUUGUCUAAAAACACUACUACUUAUUUUGGUGAUUCCACAACUGAUGAAAUGUGUUUUGGUUUUAUUACAUACUUUCCAAAACAAAAUUUAAACAUCUCGUUAUGUACAUCGUGGAAAUCUAUACCAAUGUGUGUUAUUCGUAGUGGCCAAUCUUAUAACGGCUGUUAUUUGCAAGAAUUCUUGAAAUUCUCAGAGGCCCGAUUUAUGUGGUUGUUCAAUGCCGUGAUGGAGUUUUGUGAUAAACAGUGUUCUACUCAAUGUCUUGAAGUUGUGGAAGAAAUUGAAACACUUCCUUGUUUAAUAGGCGAAUUUCGGGAAUAUGUGAAGCAUUUUAUGGAAGGUAGUCCCCAAUUUAGAGAAUUUUUCAAGAUUUUUGAAAACUGUUUAAAAAUUGUGGAAAGUAACAAUCUGUCAACUGGUGUUUAUCAAAAUAACGAUGUUUCUGUCUUGUACAUACUGUUGAUAUUUUUUCAUGCUGUAUUAUGUUUUAUUUGUAAUUAA